AUGUCUAUUACCUCUGCAGAUACAAGUUGGGCCAACAAUAUCUCUCCCGUCGCUGCCUUCUCUGAAUAUGGAGUGGCUAUUGCUAUCGCCAUCGCCUUGCUGUUACUUGUAUACUUCUUUUCUUCCUCCAAAACCCGUCCUAUUUACCUAAUAGACUCCUGCUGCUACCUACCACCUCCUAAUCUUCGUGCCACAGCAUCUAACUACAUAGAACACUUUGAAGUAUGUGGUGCUCAUGAGAGAGAAGGUAUCGACUUCCAAACCAAGAUGAUCAAAAGAUCAGGUAUUGGUUGUGAGGCAUGUCUUCCUAUUUCAGUACAUCAAAUCCCACCUGAUAAAUCUCUCAGCUGCACCCAAGAAGAGACGGAAACAGUUCUUUUCACGGUUGUGAAAGAGCUCCUCAGCAAGCAAAGUAUCAACCCGAAAAGCAUCGACAUUCUAGUAACCAACUGUAGCAUAUUUUGCCCCACACCAUCCAUUACAGCUAUGAUCAUAAACAAGUUUGGGCUGAGAAGCAAUAUCAAGAGUGUGAGCCUCAGUGGAAUGGGAUGCAGUGCUGGCCUAGUGGCCAUUGGUUUAGCGAAAGAUCUUUUGAGAGUACAAGGCAACUCGCUGGCUCUGGUUCUCAGCAUGGAAGCAGUGACCCCUAGCGGAUAUGAUGGUAGCAUCAGGUCCAUGCUUUUAGCCAACACGCUUUUUCGUAUGGGAGGCGCUGCUGUCUUGUUGUCGAACAAGAAGCAGGACAGGUUGAGAGCCAAAUACAAACUUCGCUAUCUCUUACGAACACAUAUGGGGUCAGAUGAUCAGUCAUACCACUCAGUCAUCCAGAAGGAAGAUGGAGCAGGCUCUGUAGAGCAGCUUCUGUAUGGAUGGUCAGUCGUUCAGAAUGCAGCAACAAAGCGGGAAGUAUACGUACCAAACUUCAAGAAGGCGUUUGAGCAUUUCUGCAUACAUGCAGGUGGAAAGGCAAUCAUUGAUGCGGUGGAGGAAAGGCUAAGGCUGAAAAAAGAAGACGGAGAAGCAUCCAGGAUGACGCUCCACAGAUUCGGCAACACUUCAUCUUCUUCUGUUUGGUACGAGUUGAGCUAUCUGGAGGCGAAAGGCAGGAUUAGAAAGGGUGACCGGGUGUGGCAGAUUGCAUUUGGUAGUGGCUUCAAAUGCAAUAGCGCAGUUUGGGAAUGCAUAUCCGAACUCGAUCAUAACAUCCAAAAUGCUUGGUCGAGUAGCAUACAUAUGUACCCAAUUCAGAUCCCUGAUGUAAUAGAUCACUAAUGAGCCCUUGAUAAUGUUUCAUAAUUUAUAGAUGCAACAUCAAUAGUUUAAAUCUCUCAUUCACAUUCGUUUUGA